UGCUCGUCCAGCUGGCUUAAGGUUGUCCACACUCACUGGGCUGUGAACGAGUGUCUGGGCAGAAUGGAUUACAUUUUGGUCCAGCAGCCUCGGAGCAGCAGCAGCAGCUCUGUAGACGACCAUCCCUCCUUUUGGAUUAUUUCAGCUGCCGCUGCUGUUGUGAUGAAUGGGAAUGACAGCACACGAACAGGAAAAUGAACCUUGAUUCUCUGGAAGGCUCGAUCCAGAACUUGCUCUCGGUGCUGUACCCACCCUUCGAGGCCACCGCCCCCACUCUUCUCAGUCAGCUCUUCCAAAUCAUUGAUGGUCGUUAUCAGGGAGACGCCCUGCGGUGCCUGCUGGAGUUCCUGGUCCCAGCCGAGCAGAUCUUGAACAUUGUGCAGCAGGCUGCAUGUGAUCAGUACUCUGAUGUACUUUUCCUCUGUGAGGGCUGGCCUCUGUGUUUGCAUGACCAAGUUGUCAUCCACCUCGCUCCCCUCAACCCCCUGCUACUUCAGCCAGGUGACUUUUACCUCCAGGUGACACCAUUUUGUGACCAGUCAGCUCGCAUUGUGGUCUCCAGCCUCCUGGAAGAGGAGGGCCUUAGAGCAGAGGUAGUGGAGGAGACCCCAAUCCCUGAAACUUCCUAUCCUUGUAUAUUCAGCUGUGAUUGGUUAAAGGAGAUCAACCAGGGCCGCCAUGGAACACCUCUCGGCCAGUGCCUACUUGCCACCGAGCAGGGCGUGUGUGUCCGCACUGUCCGCUUCUCUGAGAAACCCUGUACCCCCUGCAUGACAAGGAGACAGGGCGGGAAGGUUUCCAGAGCUCAGGAGCUGAGAUGUCGAUACAGGGACUCCUACCAGGCUGCUAUACAAAACCCUGUUACCUUUGGCCAGGAGAAGAGGGGGGAUAUGUUAGCUGUGCUGGAGGAGGAUUCGGUGGUGGACACCUCCGAGAAGUGUGCACUGGUCAUUGUUGAAGGUCAAAAUGUCAGGAGAAGAGAAAAUACUGACUCCUUAGCAGAGAUUCCCCAGCUUCAUGUGGUCAAAUGUAAAAACAGCACAGCCUUUGGACUGGUUUCACCCAAGAUCAACAGGAGGAAAAUGGUCAUUCCAGAUAGACAUAGCUGUCAGACAGAGAACCUGUCACAGACAGAUCCACCUCCAGCAGCAGACACACAGAGGAUGUCCCAGUCUGCCUCUGCUCAUCCCAGACCAGACCAUCUCCCCCUAGGAUCUCCAGACCCCAGAUCUCACCCCCUCUAUCUGGGAGUAGCAUCUCUCACAGGCGGCAGAGACAGGACAAGCAGGGCAAUAGUUGAGCUCUAUGGAGACCACGAAGGAUGGAGAUCAGCUGUAACAAGCCAGGAGCUCUUUCAGAUGCUGCUCUACUUCCACUCAAUCACCAGGAGAGAAAUCAGAGAAGCUGGGAUGACACUCAUUUUUGAUGCAAGGAAGACACAUCCUCAACCACAGCUCUACAAGGCCUUGAUGACACUUCAGGAGCAGAGUCCCCAGGCAGUGAACACUUUGGUGCUGCUGGUGGACAAGGACUGCAGCCCCCGGCCUGAGAGAUGUCCUGGGGUCCAGACUGACUUGGUGACCACGAUGAAAGCCUUGCUGAAGCUGGUGGAGGGGAGUCAGCUGAGCUCCCGCCUGGAUGGCACACUGUCUCACAGCCACUGUGACUGGAUGGAGCUGCACCAGAAACUCUUCCCAUUUGUAUGUGAUCUUCAUGAGGCGUCCAGCCUGCUGCUGAGAGCCAUCAGUAGGUUAGAGGAGCCCCAGAGGAGUGACACUGUGCAGACUGUGCAGCAGUGCAUGAUGAGCCAGAGGACUCUGAUGAGGGAUGUACUGGAGGACAGCAGAUUGGUCAGCCUGCAGAGAGAGGGUGGAGCUGUCCUGGCGAGGCUGAGGAAGGAGAAUGACCUCAAGUAUCCCCACUGUGAGGACCUCAGUGAUGCAGUGGACUCAGUGACCCGCCUGUACAACCUGUUGGAGGAGCAGGCUCACGUCCUCGUACAGAGGUCCAACCAGUCGCUGGAACACCUGGAGUACCUGCUGCAACUCAGAGAGAUGGAGGGAUACUUCACCCAGAUGCAGCAGUGGUUUAAUGUAGAAGGAGAGCGCCACCUGCUGGAGGCAGAAUCAGUCGAAGACUCUGGAGACAGAAUGGAGCAGAUCCUAAACAGCUUCACUGGUUUCCUUAUUGAAGCUAAUGACCGAAGACACCACUCCUUGUCACUAGUGUCAGAGGCAGAGAAGCUCCAGCGGAGCGGGCUCUCCUAUCCAGAGACAGAGACAUUCUGGACUCUUGCCUGCACCUUCAAGUCAGGCCUGGAGGACUUCCUGUGCAGGGCAGAGGCCUGUGGCAGAGAGCUGCAGAUCAUGGUCAACGUGUGUGAUUUUUGUGAGCAGGCUGUGGCUCUGGCCAGUGAAUGCACUGAUUACCUGGACCAGAGUCAAUCAAACAUUCAGCCAAUACAACAGCAAAUCCAAGACUCUGGACCGAGAACCCCCUCCCUUUGCCAGUCUGACCCCCCCACAGCUCAGGGCUCUGGUCCAACCACCACCAGUGUUUCACUGUCAGGCAGUGACAGCUCCAUCCUUCAGACUUUCCAAGACAGGUUCCUCCAGUUUAACCCAGAGAAAUUUCAGGAGGUGAAGGCAGAAGCCAGCGCUCUGCGGGGCUCCAGGGGGAUGGGAGUCUGGAACGUGGCCUGGCUGAGAUGUCAGGAGGCCAGACAGCAGCUUCAGGAGAGGAUGCAGGAUGUAGGUGGAGUUCACCACCAAAAGCCAGAUUCUAGCAGCUGGAGUGAAUGUCAUUAUGUAGAUGUGGUGAGCACUAAUAUUCAGACAGCAUCACCCAGUGGUCAGUGUCUGGUGGUACAAUCGACCCCCGGGCCUCGGCACCCACAGUGGGAGGGCAUCAUGUCAGGAGCGGUGGAUUUAGGGAAGAGGAAGCCGAUUCUGGGCAUGAACAGGACUAAUUCAACAAAUGUAGUCGGCUGUAACAUCAUCAUCAAACCUGAGGAUCAUGGUGAUGCUGGAACUAUUCAGGAGUCAAAGGUCACUCCACAGUCACCUCACAGAUCAUCAAGGAGAACAGAAAGAGAGACGAGGAGGAGACAGGCGAGCAGAGCCAGGAGUGAGCGAGACGCCGCUGCUCUGUCGCAGUCCCACACUGUCGGAUGCCAAUGGUUUCCAUGGGGACGAGGUCUCAGAGCGAGGUCAGUGAGCCAAGACUCAUGCGCCAUAGGAGCAGUGACAGCAGGGUCAUCCACUCCUCGAGAGAAGCGGGUUCAACCCCCGUCGUCCUGCACCCACCACGGUCAGCCGUCUUGUUGGAUUCUCAAGGAGGCACAGAAGUUCCAGAUCUCCCGCCAUGGGAGCUUUUGCUCAGAGGACUCCUGCAUGAGCGACCGGGGCGCCGCAGGGGGUGAUGGGACUCUGUGCUGCAAGCAUUCCAGCCUGCCCAUUGGGAGAUAUGAGGGAGAUUUUUGUUUGGCAAAUCCACAGGAGAGUGGCAGCAAUGCCCUGAGACUGCAGCGUGUCCUGGAGGAGCUGGUGUUCACAGAGAGGGAGUACGUUCGCUCACUGGGCUAUAUUAUCACCCACUACCUCCCUCUGCUGGACAGACCGGACAUCCCCCAGGACCUCAGGGGCAAGCGAGGAGUCAUCUUCGGAAACCUGGAGAAGCUUUAUGACUUCCACAGCCACUACUUCCUGCCAGAGCUGGAGGCCUGCCAGAGGGAGCCUGCCAUGGUGGCCCGCUGCUUUCUCAGACAUAGUGAGAGUUUUGGCCUGUACGCUCUGUACAGUAAGAACAAACCUCAGUCAGAUGCCCUCAUCCUGCACCGUCGCCAUGACAUCUUUAAGAAAAAGCAGCAGGAGCUGGGGGACAUGAUGGACCUUUCAUCCUAUUUGCUGAGGCCCAUCCAGAGGAUCAGCAAGUACAGCCUCCUGUUACAGGACAUGUUGAGGGAGCGGGAGAGAACUGAGAUCCAGGCUGCUGCAGACCUGGUUCGAUUUCAGAUGCGCCAUGGCAACGAUUUGCUCACCAUGGACGCCAUCCAGGACUGUGAUGUGAAUUUAACAGAGCAGGGCCAGCUGAUCCGCCAGGAUGAGUUCACAGUUUUCUUUAGAAAGAAGAAAUGUGUCCGCCGCAUAUUUCUCUUUGAAGAUCUGAUCCUCUUCAGCAAGACCAAGAGGACAGAUGUUGGCAAUGAUGUUUAUGUCUACAAGCAGUCAUUCAAGACGAGUGACAUUGGGAUGACCCAUUCCUCUGGUGUGAGUGGCCUGUGUUUUGAGAUCUGGUUCCGCAGGAGGAAGAGCGAGGAUACCUACACCCUGAAGGCCUCCAGCAUGGAGGUGAAGAAAGCCUGGACCACCGAUCUAGAGAGGAUCCUGUGGGAUCAGGCCGCUCACAGUAGAGAGCUACGUAUGCAGGAAAGGGUAUUCAUGGGAAUGGGCUGCAAACCUUUCAUGGACAUUCAACCCAGUGAUGCUGCAAUUUGUGACAGAGCUGUGAGCUGUGUCCUGCCUGGGAGGAGUAAGGAGGGCUUAGACUAUCCACGACCACACUCUAUUGGCUCUGGUAGCACGGCUUCCACCACCCUCAGCCAAUCAUCUUCCUCCUCUGGCCGGGGCUCACUGCCCCCUGCUGGUUAUCCCGGGAACCAUUCGCAGGGAGUGGAGACCGCUCCUCCCGCCUGCUCCUCCCCUGAGGCUGUGACUAACAACGAACUCAACAACCAUCAUCUUCAUCAGCAUCAUCUUCAUCGUAACUGUGAACAGUGGAAAACUCUGAACAGCACUGAAUCAUCUGGGGAAUGCAUCAACUACUUCAGCAGUUCAGACCACAGCUGUCUGUCUGCCAUUGGUGGAGAGGUAGUGGACAGCUCC